UCUUCCGCUUGGAAAUGUCAUAUGACUAAAACUCCGCUGUCCACUUCGCUAGUUCUGCGGGUGGUUUGACGUAUUUUUUUUUCGUUAAUCGAUGGCGACGAUGGUGGAGACUCGGAUGGCGGACCUGAACGGACCUGAAGCCGCGGCCAGGCAGCACACUCAGGCCGUGAUUCGAAAUUACAUCUCCCAGCCGAGGCUCACAUACUCCACGGUGUCAGGCGUAAAUGGACCCCUGGUUAUCCUGGAUAAUGUCAAGUUCCCCAGGUUUGCAGAGAUCGUACACCUCACCCUGCCAGAUGGGACCCGCCGCAGUGGCCAGGUGUUGGAGGUGAUGGGCAGCAAAGCUGUGGUCCAGGUAUUCGAGGGCACAUCUGGCAUCGACGCCAAGAAGACAGCCUGCGAGUUUACCGGGGACAUCCUACGCACCCCAGUGUCGGAGGACAUGCUGGGCCGUGUCUUCAACGGGUCUGGCAAGCCAAUUGACAGAGGGCCCACUGUGCUAGCCGAGGACUACCUGGACAUCAUGGGUCAACCCAUCAACCCGCAGUGUCGAAUCUACCCAGAGGAGAUGAUUCAAACGGGCAUCUCAGCCAUUGAUGGCAUGAACAGCAUCGCUCGAGGACAGAAGAUCCCCAUCUUCUCAGCCGCUGGCCUACCACACAAUGAGAUCGCUGCCCAGAUCUGUCGACAAGCUGGGCUUGUGCAGAAGUCCAAGGAUGUGAAGGACUAUAGUGCAGACAACUUUGCCAUCGUAUUCGCAGCCAUGGGGGUGAACAUGGAGACUGCCCGCUUCUUCAAGUCUGACUUUGAGGAGAAUGGCUCCAUGGACAACGUCUGCCUCUUCCUAAACCUAGCUAAUGACCCCACCAUCGAACGCAUCAUCACCCCUCGCCUGGCACUGACCACGGCCGAGUACCUGGCCUACCAGUGUGAGAAGCACGUGCUGGUCAUCUUGACGGACAUGAGCUCGUACGCAGAGGCCCUGAGAGAGGUAUCCGCAGCCAGGGAGGAGGUGCCGGGCCGGCGAGGUUUCCCAGGGUACAUGUACACAGAUCUGGCCACCAUCUAUGAGCGAGCUGGCCGUGUGGAGGGCAGGAAUGGAUCCAUCACACAGAUCCCCAUCCUCACCAUGCCCAAUGACGAUAUCACACAUCCCAUCCCUGACCUGACAGGGUACAUCACUGAGGGCCAGGUCUAUGUUGACAGGCAGCUCCACAACAGACAGAUAUACCCACCCAUAAACGUGCUGCCAUCUCUCUCUCGAUUGAUGAAGUCUGCCAUUGGAGAGGGAAUGACACGCAAGGACCACGCCGAUGUUUCCAACCAGCUGUACGCCUGUUACGCCAUCGGAAAGGAUGUCCAGGCCAUGAAGGCUGUGGUGGGAGAGGAGGCCUUGACCUCUGACGACCUGCUGUACCUGGAGUUCCUGCAGAAGUUUGAGAAAAACUUCAUUGCUCAGGGUGCCUACGACAACAGGACAGUGUUUGAGACCCUAGACAUUGGUUGGCAGCUUCUGCGAAUCUUCCCCAAGGAGAUGCUGAAGAGGAUCCCACAGAGCACUCUGACUGAAUUUUACCCGAGAGAGGCCACGGCGCGCCACUGAGAUGAAGCGCUGCCUGCACCCUACUCCAGGGAACACAGCAAUAACCUUGGCCCUUUUCCUAAGUAACAUGUGCUUAGCUGUCUUGUGUGGGUAGAAACCUUUUUGUGUUUUUCUUUUUUUGGACUGUAACCUCACUUCAGACCCAAAGGACAGUCCUGAUAUUUGUCUUUCUUUUGUUUUGCCCCUGAGGGUAUUUAGAGGUUUGAGUGCAAUGCAGAUGUCUCGCCCCUGACACAAAAACAUUGAUUCAAAGGGAAUGUACGUAUUUUCUCUCAUGUUUGCUGUGGUGGUUUACUGUCCUUUUGAUUUAAUGAGCUCUUCCAACUGCUUACCUACAUAACGCGCUUAUGUUUUUCUUUUGCCACAUCUAAGGACCUUUGCAAUUGAUAAAUAAAAAUAAGAGUGUACACAUAUACAAACUGUGAUUAUGACGCUUCAAACAUUUUAUGUUCCUUAAAUUCAUUUGGACAGAAUUGCAUAUUUGAUAUAUAUUUCAUGAAUAUGAUCUUAAUAUUUUACAAAAAAUCAGCAAUUGCAUUUAUUUCAAUCCCAUUGAAUAUUGAACUAUCAAAUUUUCAUGGAAGCUUAACAUGCCACUUCUUGGCGUGAUUUCUUAAAAUAUUAAUAAUUUGUCAAGCGAAUUACUUUGUGCAACUUAAAGCAAACUGACACACCAGACAAGUAAUUUGGAAGCCAUAUCGCAGCUGGACAAAAUUUGUGGUAUUUCUGUUUUGGCAGGAUUACUGUUCUCUCUCUUGCGCUGAAAUUGUAUUUAAAUGAAUCAUUUUUGAAAAGCUUUAGUUUUCCUUUCUGUGUUGAGUGUAAUUACAGUAAGUUGUUUACAAUCUAUUACGUUGCAUGUGUUGUGAUCAAAUUACUAAACAUUCCCGCCCAUCUGUAGAUUUUUUUUGUCCACAAAUCAAAUAAAUUAUAUUAAUGUA